AUGGUUAAUACUCAAAUAGAAAAGACGUUAUCCUGGAACGAGUUCGUGUCAGAUUUAAUGCUUAAAGGGGAGGUUGAUCAAAUCCACAUCGUCCCUGGAAACGAUACAGUUAGAAUCAAGUUACAUCAAGGUGCUAUAUUUCAAGGAAAACCAGUAUUGUACCCCUAUAUGAGACUCCAGGUGGCUGAUACAACCAGAUUAGAAGAGAAAAUUCGAAAGAUUGAACAAGAUAUUGGAGUGAAGGUGGAAGAUCAGGUGUCUAUAUCGUAUUGGAGACCAGGAGCUACAGAAUCUAUAGGAGCGAUGUUAAUAGUGUGUGGAAUUCUGGCCAUGGUGCUCAUGUUAUUAGGGAGAAGUCUGAAAAAGAUGCCUACAGAUAUGAUGGGUGGAAUGCAGCGUGCAAAGUUUGUUCGAGUGGAUGUCCAGUCUCAACAGAAUAAAGAUAAAGCUAUAAGAUUUAAAGAUGUGGCUGGACUAAGAGAGGCUAAACAAGAAAUGUUAGAAUUUGUAGAUUAUCUAAAAACCCCAGAUAGAUACAAGGAAUUGGGAGCUAAGAUUCCACGAGGUGCCAUCUUGUUAGGUCCACCAGGGUGUGGUAAGACAUUGUUAGCCAGGGCAGUGGCCUCGGAGGCAGGUGUACCCUUUCUAGCCAUGGCAGGGUCAGAAUUUGUAGAAAUGAUAGGAGGUGUGGGAGCUGCAAGAGUUCGAGAUUUAUUUAAAGAAGCUAAGAAGAAAGCACCAUGUAUUGUUUAUCUUGAUGAAAUUGAUGCCAUUGGUCGAAAACGUGGCGGAGGACCAUCAAGUAGUUCAGAAGAGGAGAGUACGUUGAAUCAGUUACUGGUAGAAAUGGACGGAAUGGAGACCAAUAAAGGCGUCAUCAUGUUAGCCUCAACUAACAGAGCUGAUGUUUUAGAUAAUGCUUUAUUACGUCGUGGAAGAUUUGACCGACAUAUUACAAUAGAUCUGCCUACUAUGAUAGAACGAAGGGAAAUAUUCGAGAUGUACACCAAGAAAUUAAAAACAUCAACGUCAGCUGAGAGUUUAUCACCUAAAUUAGCUCAGCUUUCACCUGGCAUGAGUGCUGAUAUAGCUAAUGUAUGUAAUGAAGCUGCCAUUCAUGCUGCCAGAUAUUCUAAAACAAUUAUAGAACCUGUUGACUUUCAACAUGCUUUAGAAAGAAUUAUAGCAGGUGCUGCGAAGAGGUCAAGGUUAUUGUCUCCGUCAGAAAAGAAAGUUGUAGCGUACCACGAAUCAGGACAUGCUCUAGUUGGUUGGAUGUUGAAAUAUACAGAUGCUUUAUUAAGAAUAUCUAUCGUGCCUCGUACUAACAAUGCCCUCGGUUUUACUCAGUUUCUACCCCAAGAUAAAAAACUCUACAGUAAACAAGAGUUAUUUGAAAGAAUGUGUAUGGCACUAGGAGGUCGAGCUGCAGAAGUUAUAAUAUUUAAUCAGACUACUACUGGAGCCCGAGAUGACCUUGAUAGAGUGACGAAGUUGGCAUUUGAACAGAUCAGAUCUUACGGAAUGAAUGAGAACAUUGGACCUAUAGCAUUCCCUGCUGAAGCCGAGGGUUCUAUAACUGGUGGAAAACCCUACAGUAAAAAAUUAGCAGCCACCAUGGAUGAGGAGGCACGUGCCAUGAUAGCUCACGCUUUCUCUAAAACAGUGGAAUUACUUGAAGCCAAUAAAGAUAAAUUACAUAAGCUAUCUGGUGUAUUAUUAGAAAAAGAAGUUUUAAAUUACGAAGAAAUCAAGAAACUAAUUGGUCCACCUCCAUUUGGUGAAAAAAAUACCAUAGAAACGAUUGGUUGGGAAGGUGAUUUACCUUCACCUGAUACGAUUCCUGCAACAGAACCACGGAAAGACGCAGAAAUCUGA